AAUGAAAAAUAAUUGAUGAACGUUCAAGACGAAGAGAUGAUGCAAAAGUUGGCUUUCCGGGAGUCUCUCCUGAUCAGCGAAUUGGAUUCAAUUGGGAACGGUCAAGACGCAAAAACCACUCCUGUCGGAGGGCUGUGUUUGAGCGUGGAGCUUACAGAAGGUUUCGUCCCCGAAGCGGCCAAACAGCGGACCACCAACGCUGAAAUUGACUGUCAAAUCUUGCAAACGUGGCAACGCGCAAAACAGGCGAGCCUCAAAGCAAAAUACGCCCCUAUCGAUGGUGAGGAAAACGAUUUGGAUCGCAAGCUGCAAGAGAAACUGAAGGAAUACGAGAACUUCUUGAAGAAUGAGAUGAAAGCGAACGUCAAGAAGUUUGUGGUGCAUCUGUCUUCGCAGUUUGACGU